AUGUCAGAUGAGCAACUCGCCCGUCAGACAGCCUCGAGCUUCGAUAGGCUCGAAAACUUCAACUUCCUUCUCUCUCGACACGAUCCUAACUUGGCCAAAAGCCGUCACUAUUCCUUUGACGCAGAUUCUACCGGCCUGGCUGCCUUUUCGAAUCUGAACAUGGAUUACGAUCAGACCGAGGGGAUGGGCGGUCUCUCCGUCAGUUCGUACGAUAGCAUUGAGGACGAACGCAGUCCGAUCGAUGUGCGCGGAUAUCCGUAUCAUGACCAAAUGCUGUCCUACUCAGCUCAUCCCAUCUAUCCACCUAUCUCAUAUGGUCCUCCCGAUGACCUGGGACACGGUGCGGGUGCUAUGACACCCUCGGAUGUCUCCUCUUCGAUCUCACCUCCCAACGGUCAUAUCAACCACAGCAAGUACAGCACGCAGAUUCCUGGCGAUCACCUUGCUUCCGCCCUUGGCCAGGAGGAGGGCGUCCGCCGUGCUGCCGAAGAAGACCGGCGACGCCGCAACACGGCUGCCAGCGCCCGGUUUCGCAUGAAGAAGAAACAGCGUGAACAGGCCCUCGAACGCACCGUGCGCGAAACCACCGAAAAGAAUGCGACUCUCGAGGCGCGUGUAGCACAGCUCGAAAUGGAGAACCGCUGGCUGAAGAACCUCUUGACCGAAAAGCACGAAGCCAGCACGACUCGGAUGGCUCCUCCCCCAACUGACAGCACAGCCUUGGCCUCCCAAGGUACCAACGCUACUGGCCCCGGGCAAAAACAUAUUCAGCCAAAAAAGAAGGGCGUCGGGACCGACAACUGA